CAUAAUUAUUUUUAUAUUGAUAAGACGGUCUGACGGUGUUUGAAAAUUUAAAAAUCGGAUCGAAUAUAAUAUAAUUCCUGUAUGGAUACAAAUUGCCAAGAGAAAUAAUAUUAUUUAUUUAAUUUAAUAGAUUCUUAUAGAUCAUCUGAUUGAUGAGACAGUUGUACAAUGACAAUUAUUAUAUUAGAUUUAAGAAAUCUAUCAUUUGACCAAAGCAAAACUGUUGAUGACCAAGAGCCGGCCUAAAAUCUGAAUCCCGUAUUUUUGUGUCAGUCUAUUUAUAGUCGAUCCAGGCAGCUCUUGUAUUUUGCAGCAACUUCGAUUUACAAGUUAACAACUCACCAACUCCUUCGUUAUGGCGGUAAACUAUAUUUUAUUCAAGCAUACUAUUUAAAUGUUUUUGAGUGUACUUUAUUGGGUGUCCAAUUAAUUAUUACGAUGAUAGCCAUUAAUCUAAUACAUCGUCUUAGUCCUAUCUAUUCAUUUGCUCGAUGGACACUAUGUUCCACAGGACUUGUUCGUUACUUACACCCUACAGAUAAAGAGCUUAGACAGUUAUCAGGGAUCAAAAAAAAAGAUUCAAAACCAAGUAAACGAACUAUAAACACUCAAAAUGAUAAUAUUGAUGUAUUUCAGAUACCCAAAAAUUUAGACAUUGAAUUGGUAAGUCAACCUAUUCAAGAACAUGAAAUAUAUCAGCUCAGAUAUUUUAUGGAAUAUCAAUGGCUUGUAAAUUUCUCUUUAUAUGCAGCUUUAGUCUAUUUAAGUACUGAAAUAUACUCUUACUAUUCACCAAUUGAUAAUGAAAUUAAUCUAAGUAUGCUAUGGUGUUCAAUCGUCAUUGUUUUUGCAUUCAAAAUUCUAAUGUCUCUAACUUUAGAAUACUUCCGUGGUGGUUUUGAAUCAUCAGGUGAACGGUCAACUGUAAUAGUUGCAGCUUGUGUUUAUUUAGUGAUUGCUAUGAUUAUUUUAGUCAUAGAUGAAUCUAAACUUGAUGUUCGGUUGGAUACUGCAUACAAAAGCUUUAAUGCAACUUCAACAGCAUUUUUACAUAACCAUGGCUUAUCUUCACAGGGCCCUGCAUCAAAAUUAAUAGUAAAAUUUUUCCUAGCUUUAUGGUGUGCGGUUACAGGUUCUAUGUUUGUAUUUCCUGGAAUACGUACAGCUAAAAUGCAUUGGGAUUGUCUUAGAUAUUAUGAAUGCAAUGAGCUACAUGGCAAAUAUUUUUCUUUUAGUUCAACUUUCAUUAAAGGUUUUAUGAAUUUCAGUUUAAUUACUCAUUUUUUGCUUGUUUUACUUUGGGUAAAACCAAUAGCAGUGGAUUUAUUGACAGCAAAAAAUCUUUCUGGAUUAAAUAAACCAUUAAUUACAUUGGAACAGUUUGAAAGCUUAAGAUGUUGGAUAGUAGUAUUAGUGGUAUUUCAAAGAUUAUAUCUCAUGCCUAUGUUUAUGCAAGCUUAUCUUAAUAUGGCUCAAGAGCGUUUGGAACAACAAAAAAAAGAAGCUGGAAGAAUUACUAAUGUAGACUUACAAAAACAGGUGUCUGUGAUCUUUUACUAUACAUGUGUUGUAGUGUUACAAUAUGUUAUACCACUUGUAAUGAUGUUGUUCUUCAUAUUUUUUUAUAAAACACUAGGCAAUUUCAGUUGGAUUCAAGUUAUUACAAAUUCUUCAACAAUAGAUAAUAGUAAUCAACAUUCAUUACUUGAUGCUAACAUAGCAUAUUUUUCUAUUCAGUCUUUAAAACAAGUAUUAACAGUAGAUGUCUAUCGAGGAAUAUUUGGUUUUGCUACGUGGUGGAUAUGUUUUUCGUGGUUUCUAUCUCUGUCAGUUGGUGUAUUCUAUCAAUCUUACUUAGCACCUAAGUAAUAACCUAAUUAAAGUAUUUUUUAUUUUUAAAUAUGUUAAUGUAAUUCCUAGGCAUAAUUUUUGUAAGGGAACAAAAAUGUUAAGAUAAUCUUAAAUGUUUGAUAACAGAUAAGCAUAUAAAUGUCAGUCAAUAUUAGGAAUAUUUAGUUUAAUAGUUUUAUUUUUAUUUAACAAUUAAAUUAUUUGUAUAUGUUUAAAAUAUAACACAAACCUUUGUUUA